AUGGCGGACCGAGACGACGACCUCAAAACCUCGCCACGGUCCCGACAAGUCCCACGGUCCCGACAAGUCCCACGGUCCCGACACGUCCCACGGUUCCGACAAGUCCCACGGUCCCGACAAGUCCCACGGUCCCGACAAGUCCCACGGUCCCGACACGUCCCACGGUCCCGACAAGUCCCACGGUCCCGACACGUCCCACGGUCCCGACAAGUCCCACGGUCCCGACAAGUCCCACGGUCCCGACACGUCCCACGGUCCCACAAGUCCCACGGUCCCGACAAGUCCCACGGUCCCGACACGUCCCACGGUCCCGACAAGUCCCACGGUCCCGACACGUCCCACGGUCCCGACAAGUCCCACGGUCCCGACACGUCCCACGGUUCCGACAAGUCCCACGGUCCCGAUACGUCCCACGGUCCCGACACGUCCCACGGUCCCGACACGUCCCACGGUCCCGACAAGUCCCACGGUCCCGACAAGUCCCACGGUCCCGACACGUCCCACGGUCCCGACAAGUUCCACGGUCCCGACAAGUCCCACGGUCCUGACACGUCCCACGGUCCCGACAAGUCCCACGGUCCCGACAAGUCCCACGGUCCCGACAAGUCCCACGGUCCCGACAAGUCCCACGGUACCGACAAGUCCCACGGUCCCAAGCAGCUCACACAGUCCCAAGCAACUCACAGAGUCCAAAACAACUCACAGAGUCCGAAACAACUCCAACGAUCCCAAAUAACUCCAACAAUCCCAAACAACUCCAACAAUCCCAAACAACUCCUACAGUCCAAAUCAAUUCCCACAGUCCAAAACAACUCGCACUUUCCCAAACAACUCACACAGUCCAAAACAACUCACAGAGUCCAAAACAACUCCAUCGAUCCCAGACAGCUCCAACAAUCCCAAACAACUCCAACAAUCCCAAACAACUCCAACAAUCCCAAACAACUCCAACAAUCCCAAACAACUCCAACAAUCCCAAACAACUUCCACAGUCCCAAACAACUCCUACAGUCCAAAUCAAUUCCCACAGUCCAAACAACUCGCACUUUCGCAAACAACUCCAACAAUCCCAAACAACUCCAACAAUCCCAAACAACUCCAACGAUCCCAAACAACUCCAACAAUCCCAAACAACUCCAACAAUCCCAAACAACUCCCACAGUCCCAAACAACUCCUACAGCCCAAAUCAACUCCCACAGUCCCAAACAACUCGCACUGUCCCAAACAACUCCAACGAUCCCAAGCAACUCCAACAGUCCCAAACAACUCCCAUGGUCCUAAAUAACUCCCACGGUCCCAAAUAA